GUUAGGUUAAUGAAUUUUAGAAAUAUAAUAGACUUGAUUUUAUUUUUUUUUAUUGCGAAAAAUUUUGAAAUUCCAAUAACUGGUAUCAAAAAAUGCGAAGCAGCGUUAGAUAGUAAAUAUAAAAUUGUAGUUAAAACUGAAGCAAACAUUCAUAUAUUAAUGAUGUAACUAUGCUAUGUGCUAAAAAUGUAUACAAACAAACAGGACUAAAUGGCGGAUAUUAUUCAGCGGGCGGACUGCAACAGGCCCACAGCACUACACACGAUGUACCGCACAGUGCAGCUGGCAGCUCACUAGUCGCUCCACCACCGCCAUCGGUAGUAAAUCCGUCGCCAGUUCCUACGGUGCCGCCGGUGCAUAUACCGCCGCAAGUUGGAUUACCACAUGGACUUGUGAGUAGUAAAUCGCCCCUGAAUGCACCAGACCCUAAUAACCAUCUUUCCUCUGCUUCAAACAAACCAGAGCCAUCAGAGGUCCAAUAGUUCAAAAGCGCCAACAAUUAGGAGAGGACUCAUUAAGCAAGCAUUGUGAAAGAAAAAAAACCUUAUAAAUAAAUAAAAGUCAAUAGUGAAUUAUUGGAACCGUAAAUUGACCUGAAGAUAAAAAAUACGCGCAUAGAACCAAAACUCAAUCCCAUACAAAUUCCUGUAAUAGUUUUUCCGAUCUUAUAUUUUAACGACGCCGAUCAGCAGCAAAGCGAAGAUGUAAUUCAAUAUUUAAACAAAAAAAAACAGCCACAUCUAAGAAACGUUUAUACAUACAAAUGUAAUAAACAAGGAGCUACUCGUCGAUGCGUCGGCGUUGUCAAUCAUCGUCAGCACCAUGUAUGAACAUAUUGACCUACACUUAGCACUUAGUACAGAUACAGGCAGCAUAUUAAUGUAGUUACUUAGUUUAUAUGAGAAAAAAAAAGAAACAAGUAAAAAAACAGCGAAAAACACUGACUUAUUCAACAGCAUCCGUCAGAGUAUUUGGUUAAAACUUUAAAUCUUAAACAAGUAUUUGCUUAUGUAUAUAAGUAAAUCAAGUAUUUCUUAAUAGGAAUAUAAACACGCUUAUUCGUUCAUUAAUAUUUACAUUGUUCAAAUAAAAAACAUAAUUGGUUUCAGAGUA